CGUCACGCGUCAUCUCACAUACACACUGUAAAAAUUCAUGCGUUGCAACUGCAGCUUCACGUUGCAGUUUGAACGUAUUAGUGUAGGAAAUCGGACCAUCUAGUGGACAAGCGACGAAACUUCGCCCAGUGAUAGCGCGAAAAUCGAUUUACAAUUAUUUGCAUAUACUUUGCUCCAAUAAUUUUUCAGUGCGCGUGUAAAUUUAGAUGAUAUGCCUCUGCAUACACAAAAGUGUUGACGUGGUUCCAAUGAAUUGAUAGUGAGAGUUCAGAGAAAUCCCACGAAUUACCACCAGAUCCUACAGCAAUGCUGCCCCGACAGUUAAAAUGUACAUUGAUGGACAAUUUGUAGACUCUAAGACCACGGAAUUCACAGACGUGCACGAUCCAGCAACGAAUCAGUUACUGUGCCGCACUCCGAAAUGUACGAAGGACGAGAUGGAGAAUGCCGUGCAAAGUGCACGGAAUGCAUAUGAGAAAUGGCGGCACACCAGCGUGCUUACGAGGCAAAAUUUAAUGCUAAAAUAUCAAGCUCUUAUCCGUGGACACUCGAAGGAAAUUGCGAAGAAUCUCGUAAAGGAAAAUGGAAAGACUAUGGCCGACGCGGAAGGAGAUGUGCUUCGAGGUCUUCAGGUUGUCGAUGCUUGCGCGUCGAUACCGAUGCUCCAAAUGGGCGAAUCCACGGCCAAUAUCGCCACGGACAUGGACAUCAUCUCAUACAAAGUUCCUCUCGGUGUUACCGCAUCCAUUUGCCCCUUCAACUUCCCCGCCAUGAUACCGCUUUGGUCGUUUCCGAUAUCGGUUGCAUGCGGAAACGCCGCAAUUCUGAAACCAUCGGAACGAGUACCAGGUGCGUCUAUGAUCCUCGCGGAUCUCUUCACGAAAGCCGGUGCACCAGCUGGCCUUCUAAACGUUAUACACGGCCAACACGCCGCUGUAGACUUCAUCUGUGAACAUCCCGAUAUCAAGGCUAUUUCUUUUGUCGGUUCUGAUCAAGCGGGCAAGUACAUCUACAAGCAGGGUAGCGCGCACAGCAAGAGGGUGCAGUGCAACAUGGGCGCUAAGAAUCAUUGCGUCGUUCUGCCGGAUGCGAACAAAAACAAAACACUCUCGCAGAUCGCCGGUGCGGCCUUUGGUGCUGCUGGACAACGGUGCAUGGCACUCUCGGUAGCUAUCUUCGUCGGCCAAUCCAAAGAAUGGGUAGCUGAUCUAGUGCAAGCGGCGAAGGGGUUGAAGGUAAACGCCGGUCACGUGCCCGGCACUGAUCUCGGACCUGUUAUAUCACCGCAAGCCAAGCAGAGGAUCUGCGAGCUGGUCGAAUCCGGUAUUAAGGAAGGCGCCAAAUUGCCUCUCGACGGAAGGGGCAUCGUUGUAUCUGGUUAUGAAAAUGGAAACUUCGUUGGACCUACAGUGUUAACCGAUGUCAAGCCUACGAUGAAGUGUUACACGGAAGAAAUAUUCGGACCCGUUUUGUCGUGCAUAUUCGUCGACACGACCGACGAGGCCAUCGACAUCAUCAAUAAAAAUCCUUAUGGCAAUGGCACGGCAAUUUUCACGACAAAUGGCGCGACGGCUAGGGCAUUCGUGAACAGAAUCGAAGCCGGUCAAGUCGGCAUUAAUGUUCCUAUACCCGUCCCCCUGCCGAUGUUCAGCUUCACCGGCAACAAGGGUUCCUUCCUCGGCGAUACCAACUUUUAUGGAAAACACGGGGUAAAUUUCCACACGCAAACGAAGACAAUAACUCAGCUGUGGAGAUCUGGUGACGCUAGCAAUAUCACUUCGUCGACAGCGAUGCCUACUAUGCAAUAAAGUACAAUUUUAUUAUAAUAUGCCAAAUAAUAAUAUUAAAUAAUACAAUAUUCCAAAAAUCAGAUAUUUUGAAAUUCUGCAAUGCCAUAUGAUGGUGUACAUACAUAAACAAUGUCUUCCAUUGUACAACUACAAAUCACAUAAAAAUCACAUUACAUCCGAGUACAAACUUGUUACUGUUCUAACUUUGACAAUAGUCUAGAUAGGGGUUGUGUAUAUUUUUUUAUGAGCACAAUAAAUCUGCUAGAAAAUA